GCGUCCCGGGGGGCGGCGGGAGCCCCGCUCCCCCAGCGCGGCUGCGGGCGGUGGAACGCGGGACGGGAGCGAUCUCGGCCUGGGCGGAUCGUGCUGCCGCUGCCGGAGUUGCCGGUUGGAGUCCAGAAUGAGUUAUGCAGAAAAACCUGAUGAAAUCACGAAAGAUGAAUGGAUGGAAAAGCUUAAUAAUUUACAUAUCCAGAGAGCAGACAUGAACCGCCUUAUCAUGAAUUACCUUGUCACAGAGGGCUUUAAAGAAGCAGCAGAGAAAUUUCGGAUGGAGUCUGGAAUUGAACCCAGUGUGGAUUUAGAGACUCUGGAUGAAAGAAUAAAAAUCCGUGAGAUGAUCUUGAAAGGACAGAUCCAGGAAGCCAUUGCAUUGAUAAACAGCCUCCAUCCAGAGCUGCUGGAUACCAACAGAUAUCUCUACUUUCAUUUGCAGCAACAGCACUUGAUUGAACUGAUUCGGCAGCGUGAGACAGAGGCAGCUCUGGAAUUUGCUCAGACCCAAUUAGCAGAACAAGGGGAGGAGAGCAGGGAAUGCCUGACAGAAAUGGAGCGCACGCUGGCUCUGCUUGCCUUUGAUAAUCCCGAAGAAUCACCAUUUGGAGACUUGCUGAACAUGAUGCAGCGACAGAAGGUAUGGAGUGAAGUUAAUCAAGCUGUUCUAGACUAUGAAAAUCGUGAAUCAACACCCAAGUUGGCAAAAUUACUGAAACUACUACUGUGGGCUCAGAAUGAGCUGGACCAGAAGAAAGUGAAAUACCCCAAAAUGACAGACCUCAGCAAGGGGACGAUUGAAGAGCCCAAGUAAAAUGUGUGCAGAUGGACAUCAAAAAAUCUUAGUACUGCACAGUAUACAUUUAUAUCAGUCUGUGACUGAAAUAUUUUUACUACAGUACAGCACUCAAUUCAGAUUUUUCAAUGAACAUCUAAUUUGAAGGGAGAAAAGUCCCUUUUAAAUGCUGCAAAAACUGCAUUGAAAGGCGCUGUAUCUCUUUGGAAGUCUGACUUAGGCUAUGCACUAUAAUACAUUUUUAAAAAACAAUUAAACAGGACAGGAAAAAUAGCAUUUUUAAAAGUACAGAAUUCAAGCUUUCUAAUUGGCUGCUGAUGCCUAGUUUAGUGGCCAGUGAGUUAAUAUGGAGUUAUAUUGGCAACUGUUCAGUUUAACUGUCUCCUGUUUGAAAUGUGUAUAUAGAACAGUGAAUAUUUUCUACCUUUAAGUUAUAGCCAGAUAUACAUUCCCCUUAAAAGUAACUGGUCAAGUUUUCAUCUAUAAACUUUGCAGUAAGGUCAACUUUUUGCUUAGAAAAUAGUGUAUAAACUUGUAAAUCAUAAUUUAAGAACAUUUUGUUUUGGUUUUUUUUUUUUUCUUCCUUGUUUCUGACUUCUUGGUGCUUUAUAUGGUGAGAGCUAUGUUCAUAAUGGAUCAGUGACCCAUCUUUUCAGGAGGAGUAUUGAUGGAAAUAGGUUUUUUUCCUUAAUGUUCAAAAAUGACCAAAAUGGCCCCAGAGGCAUUUGAGGGUUUUUUUAACAGGGGCCUUUUCCCCCCUCUGUUAAAUUUGCAGCAAUUCCAGGUGGCUGCUACAGCUUUGAAGACCACUGGAUGUCUGUAAGCUGAAAGACUGAUGUUAGGAAAUCAAGUGGUGGGGAGAGAUGCUUGUUGAAGCCUCUCAUGUAUCAUCUUGUGCAGGAUCUGCCUUCAUGCUUGCUGAAUAAGAAUUGUAGUUUUAGAGCUACUUGGGCUGUUUUUAUGCCUUGAGCUAAGCAAAGCAGGGCUGUCUAAAACCAGAAGUUUGUGUUUUCUCACUUCUUCCAUACCUUUCUGAAGAGAUGCAGUUCAUCCUCAUCUGUAUUUGUUUACUGACUGUCCUCACUCCAGUUAGAACUAUAGUUUUAAUGUGAAGUCCAGACUUUCAAGUCAACAAAUUGUAAUCUUCUGGGUAUGGGAUGUUCUUGUCGAGUGAUUGCAGCGCUGCACACUGGUUUAUACCCAGUGGUAGGAAGCACUAAUCUUGCCAAAUCUAUCUCUAGAUUUUUAGGUCUAUAGAUCAAGUUUUGCCAAGCACAGAGCAAGCUGAUGAGUGAAACAGUUUAACAUCAUGAGACACUGGCAGUUGUCACAGCAGUCCCAUACUGUACAUAAUCUAGUCUUGUAUGGUAGGUAUUACCCUGUAGAAUGAAACUUAGUUUUCACUUAAUUUUACUGGAAUACUUAACGCAUUAAACUGUAUAAAGCUUUGCAGAUACACCUGGCUUAGGGGAACUAACAAAACCUGUUACUGAUUGCAUUACUGUGAACACUGUUUACUUGUGUAGCUAUUUUUGGGGAGGAAGCCGUUGUUAAGCAGCUGUGAGAGAUGCAGAGCACCAAGGUUAAGCGAGAUGAUGGAUGUAACAAAAUCAUUUGUUCCCAUUUCUUACUGAUCGUUCUGUUCUCCACUUUGAGGCAUUUGUGGUAGGGUUAUAUAUAACAAACAAGCUAUCAGUAGCCCCCCAGCUACAGCAGCAGUCUGGCUUUCCUUCACCCAGGCUGGUUAUUCUAACACCAAACUUUUAACAGUUGUGGGUUUGGUUGUUUUGGGGUUUUUUAAGUUGCUUUUUUUUUUUUUUUUCUGAAGUCGGUUGAUGUCUGAAAACCAUGUAUAACUUUUAGUUUGUGAGAAACUGUAUGGUUAAUGUAACUGUUUAAUAACAAACUGCAGAAACAAAACUGGAAUAGCUCUAAUUUCUUCAUGUAGAACUGAUCAGCUUUUCCUCUCUGUUCUGACACUUAUGUUGUUGAAUCUCCUGUAAAGCUUCUCCCGGGUGAAGUGGCAAGUGGUGCGGUUUUGUGGCAUGAUGAGCAUUUUUCUCCAUGAGAAAUGCAGUAUUACAACCCUGGGUGAGAAGUUCACUGUCCUCCUAGAACGCUACCUUAAUUCCAUAGAGUAUUUGGGCAAUGACUGAGCAUAGAUUACUUGAAUUUUCACUGGCUUGUUUUUUUCCAUUAAAAAAUAAACACAUUUUUUAAGGGGUUUAAUAUAAAAUUAGCCUAGAACUAUUUCACUUUGUUUUUAUGAACAUGCCACAUUGAUAAGCAGCUUUAAUCUGUAAAGUUUUUGGUAACUGCAAGAAGAUACUCGAAAGCUAUGCAUUUUAGAGAAAGCAUAAAGGUAGUGAUAUUGGUACUUCUAAGGAUCUUUAUAUUAGUGUAUAUAAAAUAGUUUGCAUAUACAGAUAUAAUAUAUAAUCUGUUUGAAAUAUUCUUGAAUGGUAGGGGCUGUGAAACAUAUUAUAAUUUAUGGAAAUAUUGUACACAGUAAACAGAUGUCUCAGUACACAAAUGAAUUUUGUCAUAUGCAUGAGAAGUGUCUUAUUUGGUGACUACUAAUGAAUGGGCUUUUGUUAAGCCAUUUUUGUUAGAUAACCACUUUAACAAAUACUAUUAAAUGCCACUUUGAUCAGUUUG